AAUUAACUGUGCAUGCUGGGAGCUGGGCAGACGCACCGGUCCGUCCGAAGAUUUCUCUGUUUUGAGUUGACUUGACGGAACUUCCAAUCAAAAACAUGUCUUUCCUGACCCGACUCAUCAGACCCUGUGUUCACCAGGCCCAAAGGUCUUUGGUUGCCUCACAGCUGCCCAGGCAUAGUGUCCCAGUCAGUCAGACUCUCUCCAGGUUGUACAGCAGUGAUGAUGGACUAGUCAAGGUUGAAAAAGAUAAAGGUUAUGCUGUCUUGUCCAUGAAUCGUGCUCCUGUAAAUAGUCUGAACACAGAAUUCCUCCAAGAACUCAAAGCUGCCAUUGAUGAACUUGAGGAAGACCAUCACAUGCAGGGUCUGAUCAUUACAUCAGCAUGUCCAAAGAUCUUCUCGGCAGGUCUUGAUAUCACAGAGAUGUACCAAGCACCUCCAGAAUCAACAGAUCGCUUCUGGCGUAGCCUUCAAGAUUUCUGGCUCACCCUCUAUAACAGCAGAUUAGCUACAGUGGCUGCUGUCACGGGUCAUUCCCCUGCUGGAGGAUGUGCAAUAGCUAUGUCAUGUGACCACCGAAUAAUGGCUGACGGACCUUUCACCAUGGGCCUCAAUGAAGUACACUUGGGUAUUGUGGCACCAUUUUGGUUUAAAGAUACAAUGCAGAAUACGAUUGGCCAAAGGGAAACAGAGAGGGCGCUCGGACUCGGUCUUUUGUACAAGCCUGAUGAAGCCCUUAGGGUUGGUCUAGUAGAUGAAGUGGUACCUCUUGAGAAUGUUGUAGACAGAGCACGAGAAGAAAUCCAGAAAUGGAUCAAAAUACCAGGCAUAGCCAGGAUGGCUUCUAAGCGUAUGAUCCGUGAACACACCCUAACCAAACUCCUUGACACCAGAGAGGCAGAUAUUGACAUGUUCACAAGUUUCAUCCAGACAGCUCCGGUCCAGAAGCAUCUUGGACGAUACCUAGAAAACCUCAAGAAAAAGUAGAUAAGAAUUUUGAAUUUAUUACCCCAUUGGAGACUGGCUUAUUAUGCUACACAUUUUCCAUAACGUACAUGCAGCAUAUAUGUAAGCUCAGUCUUUGAUGGUUUCUUUUUUUUUCAUUACAUUUUUUCUCAAAUGUAUGUUUCAACUCUUAAUUCGAAAGGGCCCGGCAAGAAUCCAGGCAAUUAAGCCUCAAAUUUCUGUUCAGCUCAGGUAUUUCUUCUUG